GCUCCUCCACCACGAGAGGAUCAGCGAGGUCAGGGUGGCACAACUCUUCCUUCCCCCAGCACAGCGGGCAGAUCGCAAUCAGCCCAGCAAGUCCACAGCAGCUCCUGCGUCCCAGUUUAUCUUUAAUAAGGACAUCAUCUUCUUUUAUUGUUUGAGAAAGGAAUACCCCCGUCACAUACAGGAGAAAAAUGUUAUUUUGGUUGUUAGCUCUCCUGAUCCUCUGUGGUUUUCUGUGGAAUUAUAAAGGACAACUAAGGAUUGAAAACAUCACUGAUAAGUACAUUUUCAUCACUGGGUGUGACACGGGCUUUGGAAACUUGGCAGCCAGAACUUUUGAUAAAAAAGGAUUUCAUGUAAUUGCUGCCUGUCUGACUGAAUCAGGAUCUAAAGCUCUAAAGGCAGAAACCUCAGAGAGGCUUCACACUGUGCUUCUGGAUGUAACUGACCCAGAGAAUGUCAAGAGGACUGCCCAGUGGGUGAAAGACCAAGUUGGGGAAAAAGGUCUCUGGGGUCUGAUCAACAACGCUGGUGUUCUUGGUGUGCUGGCUCCCACUGACUGGCUGACGGUGGAGGACUACAGAGAACCUAUUGAAGUGAACUUGUUUGGACUCAUCAAUGUGACAUUAAAUAUGCUUCCGAUGAUCAAAAAAGCUCGAGGGAGGGUUAUCAAUGUCUCCAGCAUUGGGGGUCGACUUGCGUUCUGUGGAGGGGGUUAUACUCCAUCCAAAUAUGCAGUAGAAGGCUUCAAUGACAGCUUAAGGCGGGACAUGAAAGCUUUCAGUGUGCACGUCUCAUGCAUCGAACCAGGAUUGUUCAAAACAGGAUUGUCAGAUCCAGUAAAGACCACUGAAAAAAAACUUGCCAUUUGGAAGCAUCUGUCUCCAGACAUCAAACGACAGUAUGGAGAAGGUUACAUUGAAAAAAGUCUAAACAAACUGAAAGGCACUGUAUCCUAUGUGAACAUGGACCUCUCCUUGGUGGUGGAGUGCAUGGACCAUGCUCUCACGAGUCUCUUCCCUAAGACCCGUUAUGCUGUUGGAAAAGACGCCAAGACUUUCUGGAUACCUCUGUCUCACAUGCCAACAGUUAUACAAGACUUUUUAUUGUUGAAACGGAAAGCAGAACUGGCUAAUCCCAAGGCAGUGUGACUCAGCUGACCACAAAUGCCUGCCCCAGGCUAAGAAAUUGGCUGAUUUCAAGGACACAUCUCCUUUUCAAUACUUGGACUCAUUUAGAUCACCUUUCUUUUGAUAAACGAAGGGGUCGCAUCAUCACUGGUGACGUCCCAGGGUCCCUUCUCAAGCCUUCAAAAAGAAGGGCAGGGAUGGCUCCUGCCCGAUAUUUAGGUUUUACCUGCUUGGUAUGAUGUAAGGGAAAUUGAAAGUCUUUACCAUCCAAAAUGAUCUCCACUGCUGCCUGCCCCACACUUCUAGUCCCCACCACUUAGAGUAACUCCUGAAUGUUAAAUAUUUGUCACUUAUCAAAAUGUUCAGAGGUAAGUAGAAUACUUUCAUAAGUGGAUUACACACGUUCUGUUAUCUUGCUAAGAAUAGCUUUGAUGGGGCAGGAGAAGGAAGGAUAAUGAAGCCUUACAUAUGUGACUGGUAUAAGCGAAGGGGCAGCAGAAAAACACUAGGUAGGACUGCCAGUAGGAGGGAAGGAAAAGAGGAAAAGGAAUAAGAGGACUAAAAAAAAAAAGAAACUGGUAAAAAGUGGAGGUAGGGAAAUUCCAAGACAAGCCUACCUAUUCUAGAGGGAGCUAUGGAGGAUGAGCAGCCUAUUCAAGGCCACUGUGAACAUUGAUGCACACACAGCUGUAUGUGGAAAGAUGGUAAUAACAGAGUAACCAAUCAUUCCAAAAGAAAAAAAACGUGGGGUAUUUAUGGUUAUACUGGUGAUCGUAAAUGUAACAAAACCCAGAAUAUCUGAUACAACUUACACCUGAGAUGGUUGGAAAUCCUGUAUUUGAGGAAUCUCUGAAGACCCAUGAAGAUAUAGAACUAAAUUAAAAGACUCUCUUUAGCCUACAGUUACAAUGAGAGCAGGUCUGCUCCUUGCUCAUACUCAUAGUUCUAAAUUGAAUUGAUCCUGAGUUCACACCUCAUCCAAAAGAAACAGUUCCCUCACUGGGUGCUUCCCCAGAUGUACCCAGUAUCACUCAGAGGUUGGUUGAAUACUUACAUGAAAAAGUCUGAAGUAUCAAAAUUCAACAUUUGUUGUAGAAUAAUGUAGGGUGAAAGACCCAGAGAAAUUAUCCAGUGGGCAUGAACACACACACACACUUAACUUACUGUGAAGAAAAUAAUUAAUAUCUGCUGCUUGAAACCAUGUCCAUUUGAAAAUAUCAGUAAUUCUAUUCAUUUUCAUUCACCUUUCUGGAAACAUCUGCUUAUGAGGUAAUUUUCUCCUUUCACAUUUACAACAUAUUGAUGACUUUGAAAAAUCAAAUUUCCAAUGGUGUCAGUCUACCUGGAUGUAUAUUUCAUUAUUUUGAGGGAAGAUACACUCAUCCUUUUUGUGCAAAAAUGAAGAAAAUCACAGCAAGAAUCAGACAGAAGAAGUCUCAGGCAAAGUUAUCUAAACUAUUGUCACUACCUACCUGUGAAGUCAUCUCCAUCUUGGCCCUAGCCCCAGAGAGAGAUCUCCUGUAGAUCUCUGAUUUCUUCUGGUUGCAAUUAACCACCUGUGUGUCAGUUACCUGCUCUCACUCAGCUUGUCCUCGGAGCUGAAGUUCACCAACAUUGUUUGCUGGGGCUCCUCCUUCUCAUCUUGAAUUCUCAGAUGUUGGCUUCACGUCACUACCUUAAAAAUGUCUUGCCUGCUCCUCUCUGACCCUCUAUGCCUCCAGGGCUGCCUAGACUUUUAGAAUCUACAGGAACCUCCUUCAGUGAACUUGCAACCAAUUCCAGUCGUAACUAAUAGUGUUAUUUCCUUUGUUUUGCCUAAACCAGAGUUCUUUGCUCAUUUCUCCAAGUAACUACAAUUGGUAACUCCCUAUUUCAUCCGCCCAAAAAAUGCUCGACUUAAAUAAAUGCUCCCAAAUAUGGUAUCACCUCCAAAUAAAACCAAAUAUAUUCACCCAAGCGAUUUUUAAAGCUUUUUAAACUAAAUGAGAAGGUAGGGUUAUUUGCAGUAUAAAGGCAUAGUCUCAAUGAAAGCACAAGACGAGGGACGGAGGAACAUCGGAAGAUCCCUGCACCAGGAGUCUGAGGUAUGGCUUCCUAGCCUUCUCUCCAUCUCACCGUCGCUUCUUAUAUUCUCUGUGCUCUGUGCUUGUAUGUUGGGAAAGCAUCAUAUUUUUAUCUAUAACAUUUUGGAGGACAUAUGUGCUGGGCACUCAGCUAAGUAUUGGUCUACACUAAGGAACAAAUGGACACGGUCCCUUCAUUCACAGAGCUUAAUAUAAUCCAAAGACUGAGGCCACUACUUAAGAUGCCUUAGAGGAGCUUCUCCAGGAAUCCAUGGUCAAGAUGAAUUGAGAUGUCUUCUACUGCCUCUAGCUUGGGGGAUCCUUCCUCACUUAGUUUGGAGGGACCAGGAGAAUUUCCCAGACUUUCCCUCUGAUGUGAUCUAAAAAUCCAACUGUGUCCUCCACAGCUGUAUCUGGACAUCCACAAUAUAUUCAAAUCUGGAGUUUCUAUCUCCCUUGCCUCUCCUACUGUUUCCUAGUCUGGCACCAACUAUGUCAAUUUUAUCUCCUAAGGAGAUCUCAAGUCCAUCUACUUCUCUUCAUCUCUCGUGCAAUCACGCAAUAGCAGAGCAUAUUUACCCUUGCAAACCUUCAGUGAUUUCUCCUCACUGCAGUCAGAAUUGUUCAAAAUUAAAAUCUGAUCAUUCUGCUUUUCUUCCCUCCACCACUUUCUCAAACUCUUUAAUGUGUUCCCAUUGCACUUUGGCUAACGACUAAAAUGCAUAACAUAAACUACGUUGCCCUGGCACUCCUUGUUAGCCUCACUUUAGGCUACUAUCCUCCUUAUUUUGCCACCUCAGGGCCUUUGCCCAUGCUCCUCCCUAGAAAGUUCCCAUUUUUGCCUGCUUAUCUAGUUUCCUCAUCCUGCAGAUCUCAGCCCCUUCCUCAGGGAAGCCCAUACAAUUCCAAAUUCUGACCACUACCUUUUCAUCCGAACUAGGUUCCCAUCUUAUACAUUCUCACCAUGCCCUGUAAUUUAUUUCAGGGCACUUAUCACAGUCUGUAAUUAUAUAUUUCUAUGGUUAGUUAACAUUGGCCUCCCCUAUCAGAUUUUAAGUUCCAUCAAAUCAGGAACCAUGAUGCUUUGCUUAUCUUUGUACUCCCUUGUCUAGCAUUUGCUGGCACAUAGACCAGUGUUCAAUAAAUAUUUGUUGAAUGAAUUCAGAAAUCAGCCUAGGGGCCGGCUCGGUGGCGUAGUGGUUAGGUGAGUGCGCUCUGCUGCGGCGACCCAGGGUUCGGAUCCCGGGAGCACACUGACACACCACUUGUCAAGCCAUGCUGUGGCGGCGUCCCAUAUAAAAUGGAGGAAGAUGGGCACAGAUGUUAGCCCAGGGCCAGACUUCCUCAGCAAAAAGAGGAGGAUUGGUGAUAGAUGUUAGCUCAGGGCUGAUCUUCCUCACAAAAAAAAAAAAAAGAAAAGAAAAGAAA